AUGGGGCUCGGCCGGCUGGCUACCCCACCCUGGCCUCGUCACCUGCUGCGCUGCGUCCUGCUCCUCGGGAGCCUGCACCUCGGCCGCCCCGGCGACGCCGCCGCCCCCUCGGGUAAGGCGCUGCCAAAACCCAACGUCUUCCUCAUCUUCAGCCAUGGACUGCAGGGCUGCCUGGAGGCCCAGGGUGGACAGGUCAGAGUCACUGUCUCCUGCAAUGCCAGUCUCCCUGCCCAGCGCUGGAAGUGGGUCUCCCGAAAUCGCCUCUUCAACCUGGGUGCCAUGCAGUGCCUGGGCACAGGCUGGCCAGGCACCAACACCACCGCCUCCCUGGGCAUGUAUGAGUGUGACCGGGAGGCACUGAACCUUCGUUGGCACUGUCGCACACUGGGUGACCAGCUGUCCCUGCUCCUGGGAGGCCGAGCUAGCAAUGUCACCAAGGCUGGCACCCCUGAGCGUGGCGACCAGACCCGCGGUGGCCAGUGGCGCAUCUAUGGCAGUGAUGAGGACCUGUGUGCCCGGCCCUACUAUGAGGUCUACACCAUCCAGGGGAACUCCCACGGGAAGCCCUGUACCAUUCCCUUCAAGUACGACAACCAGUGGUUCCAUAGCUGCACCAGUACAGGUCGCGAGGACGGCCACUUGUGGUGUGCCACCACCCAGGACUAUGGCAAGGAGGAGCGCUGGGGCUUCUGUCCCAUCAAGAGUAAUGACUGUGAGACCUUCUGGGACAAGGACCAGCUGACCGACAGCUGCUACCAGUUCAACUUCCAGUCCACGUUGUCAUGGAGGGAGGCCUGGGCCAGCUGUGAGCAGCAGGGUGCGGACCUGCUAAGCAUCACGGAGAUCCACGAGCAGACUUAUAUCAACGGUCUCCUCACAGGCUACAGCUCCACACUCUGGAUUGGUCUCAAUGACCUGGACACCAAUGGUGGCUGGCAGUGGUCGGACAACUCGCCCCUCAAGUAUCUCAACUGGGAGAGUGAUCAACCAGAUAACCCGAGCGAUGAGAACUGUGGGGUGAUCCGCACUGAAUCCUCAGGUGGCUGGCAGAACCGUGACUGCAGCAUUGCACUACCGUAUGUGUGCAAGAAGAAGCCCAACGCCACUGCUGAGCCCACCCAUCCAGACAUGUGGGCCAACGUGAAGGUGGAGUGCGAGCCAAGCUGGCAGGCCUUCCAGGGCCACUGCUACCGCCUGCAGGCGGAGAAGCGCAGCUGGCAGGAGUCCAAGAAGGCAUGUCUGCGGGCCGGAGGGGACCUGCUUAGCAUCCACAGCAUGGCCGAGCUGGAGUUCAUCACCCAGCAGAUCAAACAGGAAGUGGAGGAGCUCUGGAUUGGCCUUAAUGAUUUGAAGCUGCAGAUGAAUUUCGAGUGGUCCGAUGGGAGCCUGGUGAGCUUCACCCACUGGCACCCUUUUGAGCCCAACAACUUCCGGGACAGCCUAGAGGACUGUGUCACCAUCUGGGGGCCGGAGGGUCGCUGGAAUGACAGUCCCUGCAACCAGUCCUUGCCGUCCAUCUGCAAGAAGGCGGGCCAGCUGAGCCAGGGCACUGCUGAGGAGGACCACGGCUGCCGGAAGGGUUGGACAUGGCAUAGCCCAUCCUGCUAUUGGCUGGGAGAGGACCAAGUGACCUACAGUGAGGCCCGGCGUCUGUGCACUGACCAUGAAUCCCAGCUGGUCACCAUCACCAACAGGUUUGAGCAGGCCUUCAUCAGCAGCCUCAUCUACAACUGGGAGGGCGAGUACUUCUGGACAGCCCUGCAGGACCUCAACAGCACCGGCGCCUUCCGCUGGCUCAGUGGGGAUGAGGUCAUGUACACCCACUGGAACCGGGACCAGCCUGGGUACAACCGUGGGGGCUGCGUGGCCUUGGCCACAGGCAGCGCCAUGGGGCUGUGGGAGGUGAAGAACUGCACAAUGUUUUGGGCUCGCUACAUCUGCCGGCAGAGCCUGGGCACGCCUGUGACGCCAGAGCUGCCGGGGCCAGACCCCACGCCCAGCCUUACCGGUUUGUGUCCCCAGGGCUGGGCCUCUGAUCCCAAACUCCGGCACUGUUAUAAGGUGUUCAGCUCAGACCGGCUGCAGGACAAGAGGACUUGGGUCCAGGCCCAGGGUGCCUGCCAGGAACUGGGGGCCCAGCUGCUCAGCCUGGCCAGCUAUGAGGAGGAGCACUUUGUGGCCAACAUGCUCAACAAAAUCUUUGGUGAAUCAGAGCCUGAAAUCCAUGAGCAGCACUGGUUCUGGAUGGGGUUGAACCGACGAAACCCGGGAAGCAGAGAGAGCUGGCGCUGGAGCGAUGGGCUGGGAUUCUCUUACCACAAUUUCGACCGGAGUCGACAUGACGAUGAUGACAUCCGUAGCUGUGCGGUGCUUGACCUGGCCUCCCUGCAGUGGGUGGCCAUGCAGUGCGACACGCAGCUAGACUGGAUCUGCAAGAUCCCCAGAGGCACUGAUGUGCAGGAGCCAGAUGUGGGUCCUCAAGGCCGGCGGGAAUGGCUGCAUUUCCAGGAGGCCGAGUACAAGUUCUUUGAGCACCACUCCACGUGGACGCAGGCACAGCGCAUCUGCACAUGGUUCCAGGCCGAGCUGACCUCCGUGCACAGCCAGGCGGAGCUCGACUUCUUAGGGCACAACCUACAGAAGUUCUCCCGCGGCCAGGAGCAGCACUGGUGGAUUGGUCUGCACACCGUGGAAAACAGUGGGCGCUUCAGGUGGACAGAUGGUUCCAUUAUCAACUUCAUCUCCUGGGCACCUGGCAAACCACGGCCAAUUGGCAAAGACAAGAAGUGUGUGUAUAUGACGGCCAACCGAGAAGACUGGGGAGACCAGAGGUGCCAGACAGCCUUGCCUUACAUCUGCAAGCGCAGCAACAGCACCAGAGAGACACAACCCCCAGAAUCACCACCCACAGCCCUGGGGGGCUGCCCCUCUGGCUGGAACCAGUUCCUCAACAAGUGCUUCCGAAUCCAGGGCCAGGAUCCCCAGGACCGAGUGAAGUGGUCAGAGGCUCAGUUUUCCUGUGAACAGCAAGAGGCCCAGCUGGUCACCAUUGCAAACCCCUUAGAACAAGCCUUCAUCACAGCCAGCUUGCCCAAUGUGACCUUUGACCUUUGGAUUGGUCUUCAUGCCUCCCAGAGGGACUUCCAGUGGGUGGAGCAGGAACCUUUGCUCUUUGCCAAUUGGGCACCUGGGGAGCCCUCUGGCCCCAGCCCAACUCCCAGCGGCAACAAGCCGACCAGUUGUACAGUGGUCCUGCACAGCCCCUCAGCCCCCUUCACUGGCCGCUGGGAUGACCGGAGCUGCACAGAAGAGACCCACGGCUUCAUUUGUCAGAAGGGCACUGACCCCUCCCUGAGCCCAUCCCCAGCAGCCUCGCCCCCUGCCCCGGGCACCGAACUCUCCUACCUCAACGGCACCUUCCGGCUGCUGCAGAAGCCGCUGCGCUGGCACGAUGCCCUCCUGCUGUGCGAGAGCCGUAACACCAGCCUAGCCCACGUGCCCGACCCCUACACCCAGGCCUUCCUCACACAGGCUGCCCACGGACUGCACACACCACUCUGGAUCGGGCUGGCCAGCGAGGAGGGUUCCCGGCGCUACUCGUGGGUCACAGAAGAGCCACUGAGCUAUGUGAGUUGGCACUACGGGGAGCCUGAGCAACCUGGGGGCUGCACCUAUGUGGAUGUGGAUGGCUCCUGGCGCACCACCAGCUGCAACACCAAGCUGCAGGGGGCUGUGUGUGGAGGUAAGGGUAGGCCCCCUUCUCCUGGAAGAAUAAGCUACCAAGGCAGCUGCCCCCAGGGCCUGGCCGACUCCAUGUGGAUUCCCUUCCGAGAGUAUUGCUACUCUUUUCACCUGGAGCUGCUGUUGGGACACAAGGAGGCGAUUCAGCGCUGCCAGAGAGUGGGCGGAACGGUCCUGUCCAUCCUGGAUGAGAUGGAGAACGUGUUCAUCUGGGAACAUCUGCAGAGCACGGAGGGCCAGAGUCUGGGUGCCUGGCUUGGAAUGAACUUCAACCCCAAAGGAGGCACCCUGGUCUGGCAGGAUAACACAGUGGUUAACUACUCCAACUGGGGUCCCCCUGGCCUGGGCCCCAGCAUGCUGAGCCACAACAGCUGCUACUGGAUCCAGAGCAGCAGCGGACUGUGGCGGCCCGGCGCCUGCGCCAACGUCACCAUGGGCGUGGUCUGCAAGCUCCCUCGAGCGGAGGAGAGCAGCUUCGCCCCCUCAGCUGCGCUCCCGGAGAACCCGGCCGCCCUGGUGGUGGUGCUGAUGGCGGUGCUGCUACUCCUGGCGCUGCUCACCGCAGCCCUGGUCCUCUACCGGCGGCGGAAGAACGCCGAGCGAGGGGCCUUCGAGGGUGCCCGCUACAGCCGCAGCUCAUCCGGCCCCGGCGAAGCCACGGAAAAGAACAUUCUGGUGUCCGACAUGGAAAUGAACGAGCAGCAAGACUAA